UUUUUGAGCUUGACAUUCGGUGGGUUCCAUUGUUUGGAUAUCAACUUUUUCCCCCUCUUAAUUGGGCAACCUUUCUCCUCUUGCUUUCAUCACUUCAUUACCUCCCAACUUCCGAGAUUUCUUACAGAAUUAAACACAGAUAUGGAAGGUUCAAUUGCAAAACACUUGCUCAACUCUUUUCUCAUUCUACUAGCCAUUACUUCAUUCAUAAACUCAAGCUCAGCCCAUACUCGAUUCUACUACCCCGUGCCUCCUAAAAGCGUUAGCACAGAGUUCAUUAAAACAUCUUGUAGCUCUACAACUUAUCCCAGACUUUGCUAUACCUCGCUUGCUGGGCAAGCGGGCUUAAUCCAAACUAGUCCUAAGCUCCUUGCCCAUGCAGCCCUUAACGUGACUCUUGCAACGGCUAAAUCAACUUCGGCGGUCAUGUUAAAGCUGUCAAAAGGCUCCGGGAUGAACCCUAGAGAGGUGGAAGCCAUGCAAGAUUGCCUAGAGGAGCUGAGUGAUUCAGUUGAUGAGAUCAGGAGGUCUAUUGGUGAGAUGGAUCAGAUAAAAGCUUCUAAUUUUGAGCUUAUGAUGAGUGAUAUACAGACUUGGGUUAGUGCUGCUUUGACUGACGAAACCACUUGCAGCGAUGGUUUUGAAGGUAAUACAGUGAAUGGGAAAAUGGUGAGAAGCCGAAUUGCGAACAUUGCUCAUAUGACUAGCAAUGCCUUGUCUUUGAUCAAUAGCUAUGCUUCUGUUCAUGCUUAAUAAUUAUAAAAAAAAUAAAUAGAUAUAUUUAUGUAUAUUUCUUAUUAAAAACUCGGCUGCUGCGGUUGGCCAAGCCGCCGCUUGACAUGCCAUGGUUGCUGCAAGAAAAAAUGUAAGUGAUUUUCAGACCUCAGGAUUAGUAUGUAAAAGUUUUAGUGAGGUUGAUUUGUAUUUCGUAGAAUGUGUGCACUUCAUUGUAUCUAUGAGAUUGAGUUGUAAGUAUAGUAUUAUCCUUUGUGUAAAAUAUAAGUUUCUUAGCUGCAUAUA